GUAGGACCAACCUUGAUAUUUUACAUUAUAACUUUUAAUUGUUUAAAUUAUUUAUAUUAUAAUUGUUUUAUUAAGUAAAAUGUAUCUUUAUAUACACUGUCGCUUUUGAGACUUGAUUGUUGAUGGUCACUAAUUUAAAAAAGUUUGAAAAAGAAUAAAUAAAUAAAUAUUUGUUAUUCAUUAUCAUAGUCGAUAUAAUAUAUUGCAGAUAACGCUUGGAUCAUAAACAUACCCGAUUGUUAUGUCUUAUGCUUUUUUUUACACGGAAGAAUACAUUAUACUUCGUUAUUACACAAAGAUAUCACACAAUCUAAUCCUUUUCCAAAUUAGAUCGGCAAUUCUUUUUCACCUCUUUCGUCGAGGACUUAAACUUUGAACUAAAUUUAACUCACAUGCACGUAAAGCAGGUCCCUACACACAGCGAUCGAUUGUCUUCUGUCUCGAAUUGCUGUUUGAAGACGAUUUGCACGUACGAAAGUUCUAUUCUUCGUUAUUGAUCGAAUAAUUAUUAUUCACUAAGUUGGUAUACCAGUUCCUAGUCAUUAAACUUGAGUUAUUCUACAAUGUAUAUUCCUUCUCGUGCGACACGUACGAAAUUGCGAGAAAUAGAUGAAGAAGAAGAAGAAGAAGUACAAGAGGCAAAUGACGAAAAGCAAAAAAGCGAUGAUUCACGUUGAUGAGAAAUAAAUUACAUGCGAAAAGAGAGUGGAAUAUAACUCGAGUCUGAACUAUCUUGAGUAUAAAUUACGUUCUCAUGGCAACUGAUGACGGGGAAGGUCAAGUGCAGGGGUGAGAUCGUGUACGCGAGGGCGACGACGAACGGGGUUGCAUACGUUGGAUAUAUUUUGAUUCGAUAAUUUAGAAUACAUAAACAUUUUAGAUUUCUCAGGGGGUCCCCUCGGGAAAUACAUGGACGGACACAUGGAUAUCACGUAUACGGGGAGUACACGUCGUCACGUUUGUCUUCCGGUAGCAAUCAUUGAUCGAUCGUAUGUAUCGAAAGAAAGAAGAAGAAUAGUAGAUACGUUUCAUAUAGCGUGGAAUAGUGCCUAUCUUUAUCUAUCUCUUAUCUGACUACCGUGUAUCGUCGUGGCCUCCGCUUAAUUUCGCUCACGCGAUAGGCGUACACAUAUGUAUCGAUAAGUGUAAUUUUACAUGCGUCGCUCGCGAAGAGAGAAAAAGAGGGAGAGAGAGGGUCUCCCCUUUUUUUCCUUGGUUUUUUUGUUUGCCUCUCUCUUUCUCUCCUUUUGUCUUUCACGCAACCAUUCUUAUUUUAUAAGCCAACAAAGAUAUGUUAUAUACCAUCUAUCUCUUCGUUAUGCAAUUUAUAUGUAUUUGCGAGGGAGAGAAUUCGUAUAUAUUCUGACGACAAAUGCUAUCGAUUCUUAGCGUUAUAACAAAUAUUAUACGAAUAUUCGUACUUUCUUCCAGAGUUCGGCAUUAAUUAAUCGAUUAAUUGAACUGUUAAAUAAUAAAAAAAUUUUAAUAUGUGUAUAAUCAUGAUUAAUGUAAUCAUUUCUUAAUAACAUUAGCCAAACAAUUUUGUAUAAUUCAAUUAAGUUUUCGCUUAACUAAUAAUCGAUUAAUGUUAAGUAUUGAAACAAGUCAAACGUCGUUGAUUAAAUAAUCGUUAAUUUUUAAUCAUAUUUCAAAAAUUAUAUUUAUAACUUUUACGAACUUGAAGAAUGCGUUUAUCAUAUCGAAAAGACAUUGAAAUCGAUAUUAGUCGAUAAAUUAUUUUAUGCAUUUAUGUAAACCGCGAAAGAGAUUAUAUUGAUACGGUAUUCUCAUAAGUAAUUUAUCGAUUAAUUUCAUUUGCAUUGUUUUUCUUUUCUCUAUGAGAAGCAUAUUACGUCGAGUCAAAAGUUUCUUCGAGCUAUAGCGGUCCUCGCUACCUUGCCUCAUCUGCGAGAUUAUACCCCGUUAUCGCUUUCGUUCGCGGUAAGCGUGAAACGCGAUCCCAGUAACACGAUCGACCACCUGUGUACCACAUGCACAAUUCCUAUCGAACAAACAAAGGAACGGUUGCUCGUUAGCAAACAGUUAACGACGCUCUGCGACGUUCGCUCGAUGUAGUCGCCCGCGUUCCUGUAUCAGGUUACUCCGGACCUUUUCUCACUUUUCGUUGCUGGUGUCGAGGUAGCGCGCGGCACGAUCCCACAGGAAGACGAUAGCGCGGCGUCCCGAUGAGAGAUUCCACGCGCAAAAUCCCGAGGUUGUUGUCUGGGUGACGCUCACUUCCCCGAAAGAAAGCGAUAGUCUCCAAUAAUCAUGUCGACCAAGACCGUGGUGCGAAGGACGAGAUCCAGCAACUUUGAAUAUCGCGGUGACUCCAGAUUUCCACCGGGCGUCUAUGCGAUACAUACGCCGUCGUCGGCAUGUAAUCGUACACUUGGAGACAAGCCGAUUCAUCUGAAAAGGAAUAGCGCGUACGAGCGGGGUAAAGAGGUCGGGAGGAUAAGGGAUAAGAGCGGCACAAGGAAAUAUCCCUCGGAGUCUAUGAUCUACCCAAAGAUCAUGACGAAGAAGGAUUACGAGGACCUGAAGGAACGCAGCCGCGUGAUCACGAAGGAGGAGAGACAAACGGCUGCGGAGACCGCGGAGAAGGCGAGGGAGAGAUUGAUAAAGGAGAGCUUGGCGCGGAAGGAGGCGAUCCGCAUGAUGGACAUGAAGAAGGAUCGCGAGAAGGAUCCGAGAACGAGGGAGAUCGAGGAGGAGGCGAGAAGGCGGACGAUGCACGUCCUCGAGCGGGCGUACAACAUGCGUCUGGAGCAGGAGGAGGAGAUACAGAAGUGCAAUCGGCUCAUCCUGGAAACCAAGUGCCGAGCUAUCCGCGACGCCCAGAUCGCAGAGAAAAAGCUGAUGGAGCAGGAGCUUCUCGAGGAGGAGAAACGACUGAAUGACGCGAUGGAAGAUGAGAGGAGACGGGCGAUCAAGGAGGAGUCGCGAAAGGAACAGGAAGAGGUAGCCAAGAGGCUGCGAUUCGCUAAGAUUCUGAAGGAGCAGAUUGUGGAGAAUGAGGAACAACGGAUCCUCGAGUUCGAGAGGAAACAGGAGGAAAGUCGGCUUAUCAAUUUAAAUAACAUCGCGUGGCAGCAAGAUGAGAUCGAGAAGCUGCGCAACAAAGAGGCCGAAAAUGCUAGGGUGCGGCAGGAACUUGCAGAAGGAAACGAACAAUUGAAACAUUUCAAGGCUAUGGAAAAGGAGGAAAUCAAAAUUAUAGAUCUAAGGAUACAAAACUAUCAUCGACUAAAAGAGGAAAGAGAGGCAAGAAAAGCAGAAGAGCAAAAAUUGGAGAGAUUAAAGAAAGAGCGAGAGAAAACCAGAGUGGCAAUGCGAACUGUGCAAGCGCACGAGCUUCAGGCGCAAAUUGAUGAAAUUAACGCGGCUCGGGUUCAAGAAGAAGUAGAACGGGAAUGGAGGCGAAAAGAGAAGGAAGAAGCUUUAAAGAAACUGGAGGCUCAACAAAUUCUUCAAAGAGAAAGGGAGGAACAAAUAAACAAUAAGCGAAUAAUGCAGGCUAUCGAGAUCGAGCGAGAGAGACGAGAAUUUGAGAAGAUUGUACGUGUGCAACAAGCAGCUUUUUGUAGAGAAAAAAGGGAACUCGAACAAAAGCAACAACAGGCUCUAAUUCAUCGCAAAGAAAUAUUGAAACAGGUAAAUGAAAAAGAACGACAGCGCAUUGCUGAGCGACAGAAAAUGUUUGAAGAAGGCCUAGCAAUACGUGGUAAAACUGCGAUGCGUAAGAAGAAAUUACAGGAUGCCAUGGAACGAAAGUGCCAAGAAAUGAGAGAGAACAAAGUUCCCGAUGUUUACAUUAAUGAAGUGAAACGAAUGAUUGAAACUAUUCAAUGA